GCUUCCUCUGGCGAUACCAUCCCCGAAUGGCCGAAAUCGCCGCGGCCCACGCCAUACCAGGUCUUGGGCGUCUCCAAAAGCGCAAUCUACGAUAAGCGACAUUUCUAUGACCUCGUCAAGCUAUACCAUCCCGAUACACAUGACCCCCAAGGCAAUCCCUCAUCAGCAUCAGCAUCAACAUCGCCAUCAGCGUCGUCGUCCUCAUCACACAUCGGCCAACUCCCCCACGCCACCCGCCUCGAACGCUACCACAUGAUCGUCGCCGCCAACGAGCUCCUCAGCAACUCCUCCAAGCGGCGCAUGUACGACGCCUACGGCCUCGGUUGGUCCCACGGCGACGGCGUUACGACGCUGCGCGACAUUGACAGAAACUGGCGCCACCAGCAGGGCACUGCCGCGAACAACGCUACGUGGGAAGAUUGGGAGCACUGGCGGGAUGCCCAGGCGGGAAAGGCCGGCGAGCCUGUCUUCAUGUCGCAUGGAGCGUUUGCCACCAUUGUCGUCAUGUUUUGCGUCGUCGGGGCCAUUGCGCAGACAAACCGCGCCGAAAACAGCAGCACCGUCUACGCUGGAUGGGUGGCCGAUCAGAACAACAACGUCGGGCGCCGGCUGCAGAGGAACGAAGUCAUGGUAGCGGGACUCAACAAGGAUGAGAGGGUCAACCACUUCUUGAGAGAGCGGGAA